AUGAAUAAAGAAGAAUUUGCUAUAGAAGAAAAAACUUAUGAAAAUCCGAAAGGAUUAAAAAUAAAAAUAAUAUUUUCAAACUUAGGAAGAAGAUAUAAAAAAAUAGGUGAACAUCUAUAUUUAAUGAUAGAAAAAGAAACAGUAAAAUUAGAAGAUAGUCUAACUGCCAUGGUACGUAUAGCUAAAGAAAAUGAAGAAAUAGAUAAGAAAAAAGAAAUAGAUAUGAUAAAACAACAAGCAAAAUUAGAAAUACAACAAAUUGAAGAAGCAAAAAAUGAUAAAAUAAUUGCGUUAGAAAAAGAACUAAAUAUGCUUAAAGAAUUAUAUGUAGCCAAACAAAAAGAAAAAGAAAUAGAAACAGAAUUAAAAAUGGAAAUAGAAAAAUUGAAAGAAAAAUUAAACCCAGAUAUAAGAGUUGAUAAUGUUGAUAUAAAAGAUGAAAAUUGCUCAGAACAAGGUUCAGAUAUAAGUGAAACAUAUACUGAAAUACUAGAAAAAAUAAAAGAAACCGAAAUAGUUGAUAAUACAAUAGAAAUAAAUACAGAAGAAAUAAAAAAUGAAGCAAGUACAAGUACAAAAGUAAAAAACCCAAAAACAUUAAGUCCGGAAUAUUAUACGGUUAGUUAUGAAGAAACUGAUAGAUAUAACAGUCUAUGGGAUAAACGAUUAAACAAAGAAAUAAAUAAAAAAUGGAAACCAUCUACAACAUCACGAAAUAAUGGUUUUCUAGAUUUAGAUUGUGUAGCAGACAUAAAUAAAACAAUACAAUUAUGGAUAAGAUAUAUAUCAAAACAGCUAAUAGAUAAUAAAAUUACAUUGACUGAAGUACCAGGAUAUAUAGAAAGAACAUUAAUAGGAACGGUAAAAUUAUGGCUACAAAAUUUAGAAGAAGAAAGUACAAAAAUAUUAAGAAAUAAUAAGGCAAUAGACGGAGAAAUUGCAACUACACCAAUCGACAUAUUAAAUAAAUAUGAAUUAGCUAUAAGAAAUGAAUUUAGUAGUACAACUACAGAAGUAGAAGAACAAAAUAAAGAAAAACAGUUAAAUAGAAAUUUAAUGUUAAAAUUAGCAAUAUGUAAUAUGUGUUACAUAGAUGAAUACACAUGCGUAUUUAGAGAAUAUUAUUAUAAAGGAACAUACAAUGCAGAAGAAGCAAAAGAGAUAAGAAAAUUAUAUUUUACAAAAUUACCAGAACCAUUUAGUUCUAAAAUAAUAAAAGAUUGGAAUGAAGCAGGAUUACAAGAUACACUAGGAGCGAGAAUGAGAUAUUUACAGAAAUGGUACUCAGAAAUAUGUGAAAAAUAUAGAGAAGAAAUGAAAAUGGAAAAAACAAUAAUUAGAAAUUUAGCAUGCUGUAAAGAUAAGAUAGCACCCCAAUUUGGAUGCAAUGAUAAUUAUUAUAAAAAGAAAUACAGGAAACCAGGACAGUAUAAAAAAUAUAAAUCCCAGUAUAAAUAUAAAAGACCAAGAAGGAGAUAUUAUGUAAAAAAUACUAAAGCAAAAAGACCUUUUAGACCAAAAAGAAAAAUAUCAGAAUGUACAUGUUAUAAUUGUGGAAAACUAGGACAUUUAGCUAAAGAUUGUAAAUUACCAAAAAAUCCAAAACAAAAACAAGUAUCAGAAAUAAUAAUUAAUGAAGAGAUAUAUACACAAAUAGAUUAUAUAUACUACGAAUUAGAAAGCGAUGAUAGCAUAUACGAACUUGAAAAUGAACAGUCCGAAAUUGAAGAAGAA